AUGAAUUCCACCAGCUCGACCUCGACUGUGGCGCCUGAGACGGGCCAACCCCCCAACCGUACAGCGGCCUCGGCGGACGCUAGCGCCAGCAGUGCCCCCGAACCCUGCGCCCACGGCCACUAUCAGUCGCCGCGAGACAGCGGCCUCAUCAGCGACGCCGUCACCACCACCACCACCACCACCACAGCUGGGAACAAGGCCAGGGAAAGAGACACGCACCACACGACGCACCGCCAACACCACAAUUCAUCCAAGCUGCCGGCCUUCCGCUUUGCAGACUUGAAGCGGGAAACACUGGCACUGCCGGCCCUUUUGCAACACCAAAUGCCCCCUUCGCCUGUUUCGCCCGACCCAGACCACCUGCAGACCUCAAACGACCCCACCGAGCUACCGCAGCCAGAUCUGCACCAGGUGCAGCAGAGCCACCAGGGUCAGACCGGCCAGACCAACCCCGUGUCGACAGCGACUCAACGCCAACGCCAAACACCUGCAGAACAUCUGCCGCCACCCACCCACCAUCCCUAUCACCAUCAUCAACCACAACAAAGCACCCCCGCCGCUGCGUCACCGCCUUCUGCGCCCGUGACAUCAACAUCGGCCGCCGAGUCGUCCGGCUCAUCGUCGGCCCCAUCCUCAGCGAGGACCUCAGCAUCCCUCAAUCCCCCCACCAGCCCCGGUCGAUCUCGCGCAUCCUCCGAUCAGACGCCCGCAACAUCGACCCAGAUCACGCCCUCCGCCACCGCCGCCACUACACCGAGGCGGCCCGCAUCCUACCCAGACUCGCCCUCCAAGGACAGAGACCAACAGGCAAACGCCAGCGCGGCUCCCUCAUCCUCUACGAUCAUCGCGCGAUCCAAGCAGCGUCGUGCGCCCGCCUCGUUCAGUUCAGACGGGCACGAACCGCGACCGAAUGCGAACACGCCCGCCAUAAUCCGACGAUCCAGCGCCGGCACGCCCUCGACCAAGGACUGGGCCCAAGGACAGCGCGAGCUACUUCUGCCCAAGUCUCUUCAAGACAAACCUGCAGAUGACAAGAAGAAGCCGACGUCACGUCCACCAGUAUCGUUCCGGCCGCCGAGAAACGACGGUUCAUCAGGCCGCACCGCCAUCCCGCCCAUUCGCUCAUUCCGCUCUUCGGGGUCCCGGAAGAGCCUGCAACUCGAUAUGAAUUUGCGCGGCCUCCGCGACGAGUCGGACGACGCGUCCGAGGCUGACCAGCAUGAUCGCACACUACGCGCCCUUGAGGGAAGAUCCGACGACCACUAUUCGCAGAUGACGCCGCCCGACUCGGCUGGUGUCGCCCCCGAGGAGAACACGGGGGAUCUGUUCAUGCGCAUCGCCGGGGAAGAGUCAACACGUCGAGCGCCUGAGCCGGCCAGGCCGGUCGAGGAACAAACCGCAGCCACACGUUUGAUCCGCUCAACCCAGCGGCGCCCUUUAUCAGCAGCCAUACCUUCUUACCAGGCUGCCUCUCCACCACAAAUACCGCGGAGAUUAUCAGACCAGCGCGAGAAUUCGCGAGCGAGCACGCAGAGAGACGUCGCGCCUGCUCAACAGUCAACCCGAGAGCUGGCUCGCCGGGCCGUAUCUAGGAUCGAGACGCCGCGGACAGCUCGAUCUGUCGUUUCUUCAGCGAGACCUUCGCCUAGCACGCCCAGAUCUGCUGGCUUCCAUGACUCGCCGGUCGACAAUAUGUCUACGUAUGCGCGAAGACGGUCGUCGGUGACAGAAGGCGGCUCCUGGGUGCCUGGACGAUCCAGUUCCCAUCGGACGCCCUACGGCUUCGCCAAGAAUUACAACUCAUCACCACUGGUGCCUCGAAGCGCUGAUCCGACCAAGCUGGACGCCCACGACGGACACCACGGUCGAGAAGGCACCGAGUCGACUGCGUCAACGGCGGCGCCGUCUACUGUAUGGGACGAGCUUGAUGAUCUCAAGUCGCGUUUGCACCGGCUCGAGCUGACCGGCAAGCUCCCGCCAACUUCUGGAGCGGCCAUGUCCCGAGCAUCCGACGACAGGCCGGCGACAGCCACUACGAAUGCAACGACGCUGUCAGGGUCGCCGAAGCGCACCUCUGGCGGUCAAGCCCAAGCAGAAGCAGCCAGCACCACAUCCUCGCAACGCGAGUCGCAACCUAUUCUGAUCUCAGCCCUUUCCAAAGUGAAGACGCACCUGAACGCAGAUGUGUAUGGCGCCAUCGAGUCGGCCGCCACUGAGGCCUUGUCCUUGUCACAUAUGAUGGGCGGUGUCGGCCAGCCUGGACCGAUCUCCAGCGGAGCGAGCACCAUUGGAGUGGGCGGCACAGCGACUGUGACGGACCGCCAACUGCGAAGAAAGGCCGAAAGCAUCUGUCGAAGUCUUACCGAGUUGUGCCUCGCUCUGAGCGACGAAGCCGCUCAGAAAAAGACACCGCAGGUCUCAACCCCGCGAGAGAAAGAGGGCACACCCCUUCUCAGCCCUACUCUUAACAAGACCUUCGCAGGCUUGCCUCCAGUGCGACGUCCACCCCAGCCUACUGAACUGGCCAUACCGAAAUCAGCUACCAGCCCAAGAGCAGCAACGAGAGUCGAAGACAGGAGAUCUAGCCUAUUGAUGUCCCCGGCUAUCGCUACGCCCCGGUUUGCUCUCUCUCCGAACGCGCCCUCUGAAGCCGCAGGACGAAGGUCGUCAUUACUGGUCUCCCGGACUCGACGCGCAGGCACCGAGGAACCAGAGGAGCAGUCUGGUCGAAAAUCCACGUUCCUCAGGACUCGACGCGCGGGGACUGAGGAGCCCGAGGAAGGGCGCAAGUCGUCGUUGCUCCUGCGCCCGCGGAAAGGAACAAACGACGAUGAUGACGACGGUUCCCGGUUCCGGGCUCCGUCUCGGGCAGCUACCGAGGUAGCGGGGUUGAGGACCGUGCCUCGCGAGCAGCCAGCCCAACAACCCAUGCCGUCGAUAGAGACAGCUUCGCCAAGUGCUUCGGCACUGCCUCGGCGGCGACUCCUGUCGUCCACCAUCACGUCUCGCCUCGCUCUCCCGUCCAUCUCGUCCCAACGGCGGUUCCUCGACCGGUCUACACCAGAACGGGACACCAACAGUGUCGUCGAGAAACUGGCCGAGGACCGCGGGCAGCGACAGUUCUCACUGGGACAGACGGCCAUGCUCAACCGGACCAGCAGCAUCAGCAGGAGGCGCGAGAGCGCGAUCCCCAGCUUGUCCGGGACGGCCUCCCAACUCGGGUCACACAGAUAA